GAGAAAACCUACCUAAUGUACUCGCUGGUCUCGUCUGCUAAACUCAGUCGCUCGCUGUCUGUCCCAGCGAAGAGGACGUGAGAACAGAGCCCGUGUGUAUCGACCACCAUGAAGUUCCACUGUCUCCUGCUGUUCCUCUUCUUGGGUGGGGCUUUGCAACUCUGUGGGGCGUCGGAUUUCUUGACUCAGAUAUCCGAGAUUGGAAAUGAGGCUGAUUUUUACCCGGACGACAUUGACAGCCGGGAUGCUGACGAUGACUAUGAUGACUAUGACCUCGAGGAAGGUGAGCCGGACUACUUCGAUGACGACGAUGCCAGUGAAAAGCCGACUACUCGCUUCAGAAGGGCUGCGGUUCCUGAUACGAUGUCGCGCUGGAUGAGACGUCACGAAAGAAUCAGAGCCCACGGUUGCAAGUUACGCGGGGGGUACUGUGUUCAGCCGGGAGAGGCCUGCGAGGGGAAACGUGUCCAAAAGUUUUGCGCCAAAUACCAUGGCCACUGUUGCUUCCCUGACUGGGGUUUGCCAGUGCCUGAAUGCCCAGGUCGGGAGAUAAACAUAACCGACGGCGGAGUCAUCACUGACACCGAAGGCAUGAUUAAGUCCAGAGGUUAUCCCAACAUUUACGACCGAAACAGCCACGACACGAUGGUCAUCAACGCGCCAGAGAAUUAUGUCAUUGAGAUCGAGUUUAAAGCUUUAGACUUGGAGUACAAUAGCUUCUGCGGCCACGAUUACCUUCGCAUCGUUGACACCGCUACUAAUCGGGGCCUCGGCUGGUUUAACGAGCCUCUGAUUUGUGGUGACGUCAUCCCACCAGUUUUGAGGUCGUUAACAAACAGCGUGACGAUUGAGAUGGUGACAGACUACAACAUUCAAAAGGGCGGAUUCGUUGCAUGCUUCAGGAUGGUGCCGAGCUAAUGAAAAAAGGAACACCUGAGAUUUUCCCGCCACUGCAAAAGUUGUACCGUGGCGACCUUCCAACAAUAACAGCUUGCUUACUGUAUAACACUGCUUUAAAUAUGGAAAAUAUUUAAUCAAGCUUCGCUUUGGACAACCACAACCUUAAGGGAAGAAAAUCAACUGACGCUUCAAUGGAUUUUGAAUUAUUUAUUGCAACCGACUAAUCGUUUUAAGAGAUUUUUUUCUGUUACUAUUUCUAUGGAACAAACUUUUAUUGCAGUCAAUCAUCUUUACAAUGAAAAUUGUUUAUCGACUAAGAACUACAAAAUUUAUUAGUAUCUUUGGUUAAAAUCUUUAUAUUUGGGCCGUUGUUUUCGGUUAGUGAAUUAAAUUCUUUAUUCCUGUUUUGAAAGUAUAUCGUUAGUUCACAUGAAUGUUAAAAUAAGCACACUGAGUGGGAUUCAUUACAACUUUCAGUUAAA